AUGCGCAGGAAGAGCAGGGGUCCGUGGAUUUCGCCAACAUUUGACCACGUGAACCCACUACAGGGCCCUCGAGAGUCGUGGCUGGGAUCCCGGCAAGAGAAGUUGCAUCAGCUCCGCGGCGUUGCAACUGCCCUGGGUGGCUCAGGCCCAGAGAACGGCCAUCCAGACCUAGAUGUCCUCUGUCCGCGCGGGCAUCUGCCGGUAUCCGCACAGCCCCAUCUAGCCUUUGGUCAGGAGUCCAGGCCUGAAGCCACAAAGACUUCCGGUGCCCCUGUCCUUGUGGCGUGCUCUCCUACAAGGACACGGGUGGUGCAGGUGUGUGUGCCUCCUCCCACUCGCCGGCGCACACCCCCUCCGGGCUCUGGGUGCUUCCAAUUGACUCAGGGUCCAGGGAAGAGUAGCGUUGGGGACAGAGCCGGAGCGGGGGUCACACAACCAGCUUUAGGAGGCCUGCCUUACUGCCAGCUUCAAGGGAGCCCGGCGGCCCUGAGGCCGGAGAACCACCGGAUUCACCGCCCACUGCCCGCCAGUGAGGAAGGGAGAGUCACCCGGCUGUGCUGGCUGGGGAGGAGAUCGGGGGUCCAGCUGUCCUUGCACGGAUUUCCGGCCAGUCCUGCGGCGUGCAGCCCCGGCCCGCAGGCCUGCCUCCGCUGACACCACCUCGUCCUGCGGCCCGAAGGCUAGAUCGUAACAACACUAGCUAAAAGUUCUGCUGCGUGCCACCAAUUCCGGAUAACGUCAGUGAUAAAAUACCGCUCCAGAUACCUCUUGACUUCAGCCCACGUGGGUAGACUUCGCAUCGGCACACUGAUGGAGACCUGUCUUUGGACACGCGCUGCAUGCGUGCAAAUCAGCUACAACUUUGUUUCUAGGGGGAGCUCCUAAACGUUGGGUGCGCCGUGUUUCCAGCCCCGAUGGGAUUUUGUUGUCCUGUGU